AUGCAGUCUUCAAAGAAACUCGGACUGGCACUGACCUUAGUGCUGAUUUUGUGCCUUACUAAAAGUUGUGUGGAAUCGAAAAGAUGGCGAAAAUCCGUGCAAUUGAAUCUGCACAGGGAGACCAAUCACACCAAGAUUCUCAGGAGUUUCCACAGUCAAAAAUUGAGGCUUCAGAAUUUACUGAAAACAUCUACAGAUGUAGUGCUAGAAUCGUUUGCCGUGAGCAAACAAUCUGUGUCAGUAGAUAACUUGACCAACUCCCACAACACCGAAUACUAUAUCAAAGUCAGUUUUGGCCAGCCCAAAAGCCAGCAGGUAACUCUUCUCGUAGACACCGCCUCAUCAAAUCUGUGGGUUUAUUCGUCGGACUUCACAAAGCAGUCUUGCCUGCAACACAAUGGAUACAACUCCAGUGAAUCGCAGACAUAUCAGGCUAAUGGAACGUCCUUUCAAAUACAGUAUGCCUCGCAGGACAAUCUGAGUGGAUUUCUCUCCACGGACACUUUUACCAUUGGCGACUUGUCUGUGAAGAAUCAGACAUUCGGUGUCAUUGACUCGGCCCCUCUGAGUCUUUGCAAACGUUCCAACUUCGAUGGCAUCCUUGGACUGGGACUUUCCCAAAUAGCGCUCGAUGGAGUGAUGACCCCUCUGGAUAACAUGAUAGCCCAAGGACUCAUCGAAGAUCCGAUUUAUUCCCUGUACGUCAACCGAAACGACUCAGAUGCGAGUAAUGGUGGAGUGCUGCUGCUGGGCGGUUCGGAUCCCACUCUUUAUAGAGGGUGUCUGACUUAUGUACCCCUUUCCAAAGUCGGUUUUUGGCAGAUCACAGUGGGCCAGAUUAAGAUAGGCAGCAAAACACUCUGCAAUAACUGCCAGGCCAUGUUCGAUGCGGGAACAUCUCUGAUAAUUGUUCCCUGUCCGGCUCUUAAAAUCAUAAAUAACAAACUGGGCAUCAAGGAAUCCGCCAAGAGGAAUGGCGUCUACACCAUCGACUGCAGUAAGGCGAAAGGUCUGCCGAAUAUUGUCGUGAACAUUGGAUGGAAGGACUUCACAUUGACCCCGUCCGACUACAUUCUCAACUACAGUGGAACCUGCGUAUCGGGAUUUGCGAGUCUCUCCGACUGCACUGGAAAUACCAGCAAUGAUAAUGGCGAUGACUUGAACAAUAUCUGGGUGUUUGGCGACGUGUUCUUCGGCGCCUUCUUCUUGUUGUUCGAUUUCGGGCUUAAACUUAUCGGCAUAGCACCGAAAGUGUAAGCAAUCACUUCUGUAGUUCCUACCAAGAAAUUUUAAAAGAGUAAGAUACAAUUUUGUAUGCCGCUUUUUAAAAGAAAAUAUUUAUAUUUGGUGGCGGGCAGAAAUAUAUUGAAUAUUUCUAAAAGUUGAAGCUAAAAAUGGUUGUGGGAAAGAAUAAACAUAUCGUUAUUGUACAAAGGUAUUUCUAUUGUAACCGAAAUUUCG